AUGUCGCCGAGACACGACAACUUUCAGUACAGCUACUACAACUGCAUAUCAGACUCAAUGUUUUACAAUACGUCUAAAGAUUUGUGUCACCAUGCAAUAAAGAUAUGUGGGAUCGACAACUCCACUAUGCUGCUCUUGGUUAUCACCUUUGGAUCCAUUGGUUUCCUUGGAAACACUGCUUUCAUCUUCGUUGUAGCCAGAGUUAAAUCCAUGCGUACGUUACCAAACUAUUAUAUAAUCAACCUGGCAGUUGCCGAUGUUCUGUGUUUAAUAAGCUUUCUAUUACAACCUGUAUUGUAUCAAUUCGCCUUCGCUAGUAGCGAAACCUUCGUGUUUCUGCGUGUCUUCAUAAUAGACACCGGGACUUUUACAUCCAUUCUUACAGUGGCAAUGAUCAGUACUGAUCGAUAUAUCGCUCUGUGUAGACCAAUGCGAGCUAAUGGAAUUAAACGUAGAAUACGUGUACUCACUAUGAUAGCGCUGACCUGGUUGGUGGGAAUAUUGUUAGGUCUGUGUGAGUACCUUACUGUUACUCUGUUGUCUGGUCAGAUUGCAGCAACUGUCGUCAUUUUAGUAUUCGCCUGCGUGACAGUAUUUUUUCUGGUUUUUGUUGUAUUACUGUAUAGCUUAAUUGCGAAAGAGUUUGCUGUGAAGUGUCUUAGACUACCAUCUCGAGGAAUUCUCCCAUCGUCAGCGCGAUUAAGAGAAGAGAGACAAGUCCUUGGCAUUUGUUUAAUCAUAGUUUUCGUUUUCUUCGUAUGUAUCGCUCCGAGUGUGUAUAUUCUACUAUUGUCAGCAAUUACGCUGUUCUACCCCAACGUGUCUCUCCACAGUGAAUUCAAUUACUGCAUGAUUUCUAUUUCACCGGUCAUGAUGAUUAUUAACUUUGCACUAAAUCCUUUUGUGUACAACCUGCCGAGCGGUAAUCACCGCAUCGCUUUCAGACAGGCAUUUUCCGGUCAGAUGGCGCAACGUUACACAGUCUGUCGAAUGUCCGCUCAUCGGUCACGGUCGUCAGGGAAGAAUAUGGAGAUAAGUGGAAGCACUGCUGUCGCCGAUUCCCCGCUUGAGAUUCAGAUGACGACCUUCAGUCUGUUGUCGCCUCUAUAA